AUGGCCAAAGACAAACGGCGGAGGCCCGAACGUCAAACAAAGAACCUCCAGGCAGCCAAAAACGCAUCGAAGAACAAGGCUAAGCAGAACAAAGCUCUUCGUGCCAAAAAUGCCUCAUUGAGGGAGCACCUGGACGGACAGGCUCAGUUGGAACCAAUUUACGGAAUGAAUCAGCGUACCUCGACAGGCGCUUCAUCUGUGACCACGAUCAACGCAGACGUCGCAGAUCUAGCGGUUGCUUUGGGAGGAAUCUAA